GCAACCACGACCACCAGUAUACAUACAUACAUCUCAAUUCGUGUGUGCGUCUGGAUUUUGCUGUAUUUUUUAUUUAAGAAUGAAUUAUUAACUAGCCAUUAAUAAAUUAUACUUAAAUAAAAAACAGUUAAAAACCGCAAAUCAACCAUACACACCGAGUCCUACCGAAUACCGUAAGAAACAGGAACACCAUGGACCAGGAGAACUUCCAGGGGCACAGCCUGCCGCAGCAGCUGCAGAGCCUUCACAUCCAACAGCAGCAGCAGCAGGCGCCCCCGAAUCCCGUCCAGACGGGAUUUGCUCCGCGGCGGCAGUAUGAGAACCCAGGUGGCCUGGGCAACGGCAACCCAGCUGGCGGAAGUCCGGUAAAGGGUGCCCCUUUGGGGCAGCGCCCCGUGAAGAUCAAGAAGGAGAAGAUUGCCCAGGUGGCUCAGCCGGGCCAGCUGCAGCUGACGGAGAUCGGUGAUCCCGCCUUGGCGGGCGGAUCAGGAGUACCAGGAGCAGCUGGCCUGAUGGGGGGAAUCAUGCCCAGCGACGAGGCUCUUAAAUUCGUCAGCGAGACGGAUGCCAAUGGAUUGGCCAUGAAGACGCCCGUCAGCAUUCUGCAGGAGCUACUCAGCCGGCGCGGCAUUACGCCGGGCUAUGAGCUCGUCCAGAUCGAGGGCGCCAUUCAUGAGCCGACCUUCCGGUUCCGCGUGUCCUUCAAGGACAAGGACACGCCCUUCACGGCCAUGGGUGCGGGACGCUCGAAGAAGGAGGCCAAGCAUGCGGCGGCCCGUGCGCUCAUCGACAAGCUGAUCGGCGCGCAGCUGCCGGAAUCGCCGAGCAGCUCCGCCGGUCCGUCGGUGACUGGGCUCACGGUCGCCGGAAGCGGAGGAGACGGCAACGCCAAUGCCACGGGCGGAGGAGAUGGCGGCGACAAGAUCGUGGGCAAUCCCAUUGGCUGGCUGCAGGAGAUGUGCAUGCAACGGCGAUGGCCACCACCGUCGUACGAAACGGAAACGGAAGUGGGGCUGCCCCACGAGCGGCUCUUCACGAUCGCCUGCUCGAUCCUCAACUACCGGGAGAUGGGCAAGGGCAAGAGCAAGAAGAUAGCCAAGCGCCUGGCCGCCCACCGCAUGUGGAUGCGGCUGCAGGAUGCGCCCAUCGAUUCGGCCAAGAUCAGCGACAGCAUCUGCGGCGAGUUGGAGGGCGAACCCCGCAGUAGCGAAAAUUAUUAUGGUGAAUUGAAAGAUAUCUCUGUGCCGACACUGACCACGCAGCACAGUAACAAAGUAUCCCAGUUCCAUAAGACCUUAAAAAAUGCGACGGGCAAAAAACUUCUCAAAUUACAGAAGACUUGCCUUAAGAGCACCAAGAUAGACUACAUCAAGCUGCUGGGCGAGAUCGCGACCGAGAACCAGUUCGAGGUAACCUACGUGGACAUAGAGGAGAAGACCUUCUCUGGCCAGUUCCAGUGUCUGGUUCAGCUCUCCACUUUGCCCGUGGGUGUUUGCCACGGAAGCGGUGCUACGGCCGCCGAUGCCCAGCGGCAUGCCGCCCAGAAUGCUCUCGAGUAUCUAAAGAUCAUGACCAAGAAGUAGGGGCAGCAAAAUCUGAACGCACACCACGGAAUUUGGCGCAAGCGAUUAUGGAUUCGAGAACACCCGAACCGAAUAGCUUUUUCUGGAAAGGUCCCCCAGUUUUGGCUCAAAGUAAUGGCGAUAUUAAGUUUUUGUUUUCUUUAACCGAUUCCUUCGAUUAGACAGUUGACUUUGUUCACUAUAUAUGUAAAUGUUCAUAUAUGUACACCUAACAACGUAUGUACACUUGCAUAUACAAGUGUGUAAUCUAUAUUGGAAUCUAUCAGGGGUGUCACUGAAACGGUUUUGGUUGGUUGGUUUCCAAAACCGUCGACGGUUUCUGUGAAACCCUUGUAUUAGUCGCUUUGAAAUUGUCUAAAACUCUAAAGGCCACAUAAAAACCAAAAAAAAAACAGUGAAACUAGCUAACUAGGCUUAAAAUAUGUACGUGGUUGGUCUGCGGAGGUGAUAAGGCUUAUGAAUAUAUUCGGUAUUUCAGUAAUCGCUA